GCUUUGAGCUGAUCAGACCGGGUCCCGCACGAUGAUGAUGCGUCUGCUUGCUGUCGUUCUUCCUCUGCUCUCUUCCUCUGGACUCGCUCUCGGCAGACUUCCAGAUGGGCGUCUCCACGGAAAUGCACCUCCUAGGCCAGGCAUUCCUCGCAUUGCCGCGCCAGCCCAAGGUGUCCAACACGCGUCGUCAGCUGCGACAAUUCCGCCAUACAACACGACGUACUUCUUUGACCAGCUUAUUGAUCAUAACGAUCCAAGCCUGGGCACGUUUCAGCAACGGUACUGGCAUACAUGGGAAUAUUAUGAGUCUGGUGGACCGAUCAUUUUGUUGACGCCAGGGGAACAGAACGCCGAAGGGUUCGAUGGGUACCUCACGAACCUGACUAUCAACGGUAAAAUAGCUCAGCAGGAACAUGGUGCGGCGAUCGUCAUUGAACAUCGCUUCUAUGGACUCUCAAACCCGUACAACAACCUGUCCGUCGCGAGUUUCAAAUACCACACAAUCCAACAAGGGAUCGACGACCUCGAGUACUUCGCGAAGAACGUUAAGCUGCCUAUGCCCGGUGGAGAUGCUGUUGCCCCUGGUCAAGCGCCCUGGAUCUUGAUCGGCGGAAGCUAUAGCGGCGCGCUGACGAGUUUCACCAUGGUCAAUAAACCUGGCCUCUUCUGGGCUGGAUACGCAUCUUCCGCAACCGUGCAGAACAUUGUCGACUUCUGGGGAUACUUUGAGCCAAUCCGCCAAUCCAUGCCAAAGAACUGCUCGGCCGACGUUGAGGCAGUGAUUGCGCACUUUGAUGAUGUCUUCGAAAACGGGACGCAAUCCGAAAUUGAUGCCCUCAAGGACGCAUACGGCAUGGCGAACGUCACACACCUCGACGAUGUCACCGGAGCAUUACGCAACAACCUGUGGGACUGGCAGGACCUGGAUCCUUCUUCAGGCCCCAACACCAAGUUCUUCAGAUUCUGUGACGCUCUGGAAGUCAAAGACGGCGUCAGUGCGCCCGAGAGCGGCUGGGGCGCUGACCAUGCUGUCAGCGCUUGGGGAUCAUACUUCAAAAACACUUACCUUCCCAAGCUUUGUGGAACGGUGGACGCAGAAGAUUGUCUGAGCACGUAUUUGUCCAACCAGACGUUCUGGACCAGUAUCGAUGUCGACAAUUCUCAGCGAUCGUGGUCUUGGAUAGUAUGCAAUGAGGUCGGGUUCUUGCAAGUUGGAGCGCCAACCGAUAAGCCUACCCUCGUUUCUCGCCUGAACACGGUGGCAACUGAGGCACGGCAAUGCCAGGAACAGUUCCCUGCUGCAUGGAGCUCCACGCCCACCAUCGACGUCGAGAAAACAAAUGCGGCAUACCAUGGAUGGAAUGUCACAGUCGACCGCCUCUUCUUUGCCAACGGCCAGCGCGAUCCUUGGCGUGAGGCAACGCUCUCUGCCGAUGGCGUGAACGUUCAGAGCACCUCGAGCCAGGUCGUCGCAGUGAGCGAUGGCUUCCACUGCUCUGACCUUCUCACCCGAAACGCGCGGGUGGACGAUACGAUUCUGGAAGUACACACCCAGGCGUUGGCUAGCAUGAAGACAUGGUUGGCGGACUGGACGCCGACCAGCUCCAAGCGGGAGCUGGACGGGACUGUGUACAAACGAAGCUACGCUAUUAAGAGAGAAGAGUAGACAUGUUACGUACCUCAACAAGUACUUGCAUAAAUAUAUGGAUAUCUAAUU